AUGGAUCUUGAAUUGCUGGAAAAACGCAUUCGUGCCUUAGAAGACGCAGUCGGUAUCAGUCAUUUAGCCGGAGAGGUUUUUUGGAGUUUUUAUUAUCAAACGCUUUUUUUGUUUAGGUUAAACCAGUGCCUCAGCAAAUUGAAGAUAUUCAAAAGCGAUUAAAAACUGUUGGUGGUGCCCACCAACUUUUGAAAAUCCCAGUGGGGAAGUUGCAAAAGCUGAACGAGUUUGCACUUCAGGUUUCUUUUUCUACUAUUUUUCAGAGACUAAAUAUGUUUAGGCUGAUACGAGCCAGGUUCCGUUGAAUGAAAGAUUAGAAAUCGUGGCUGAUUCAGAAGAAAUCGUGAAACAAAGGGUUGACCUUCUACAGGAAUUUCAAGAAAAUUUUGAGGUUGACAAUUUUUUUUUCAUCAAAGUAGACAUUUACCUUAACUUCUUCAGAAAGUUAUUGAGGACGAAGGAGAUGCGAUCGCGAACCUCGAUUCGUACACUGAAACUCUAACCAAAACAGUUGGAGAGAUAAAAGUCUUGAGCGAAAAAUGGAGAAAGUUAGUUGUUAAUUAUCUUUUUCGUAUUUAUGUUCUUUUCGGAACUUCUCGCUUGAUUCUAGGAGACGCAGGUAAAUUUGUACAAGAAUCUUUUUUUAUUUUUCUUGAAGAUUUGCGCUUCCGUCUUCGAAAAAAAAUCAACAAGAAUUUUAGACAUAAUGAUAUUAAUCGAUAAAGACGCUAAUUCAUUUUUUCAGAGAAAAUGCAGAACUCGAGGAAUUCAAAAGCAAUUACAAUACGAUCAUUAGAGCAAUGGUGAAAAGGAUCGACGGUCUUCAGUCCAAAGUUUGUUUUUUUCAAAACAAUUUUUCAUAUUAUCAGACGAAUUUCUAACAGAUUCUUUUCAGAUAGCAGCCACUGAGGUCGCUUGA